CAUCGCUGUUUAAAUGUUGAAAGACUUCAUGACGUCUGUCUGAGUUCUUUAUUUCUGUGCGGUUGGUCUACAAGAAAAUCAAAAGAAAAGUUUCCACGUUACAAGGAAAUGAAUUUACCGAAUGAAAUCUCUUGUCCUAUACAGUCUUAAUCACCAGGUGACGCUAUUGGCUCUUGUUUGCCAUGUCACUGUUGCGCAACUUGUGUUUUUACAGCUCCAUUUCUAAAGCCCUGACACGAUCUAACUAAAUGUAUGACUGGAGGAAACGAGCACGUGAUCCACUUGAAGCGUUCUAUAUUUGGCCAAUAGAAAAUGAAGACUGUGAAAAAAAAACUUUCUGCUAUAAAUUCUAGAUUAAAUCCUAUAGAAUUCAUGCGAGACACAAAUCAUACACAUUUACACCAAGAAAAAAAAACCAGCCCAAAAGCUUUGCGAGAUGACAUCUUACGUUUCCGAUUGAAGAAAUCGGGUCACGCGGCGUCCGCUUUCGCAAAACCCCAGAACCGCGCCCACGAAGUCCACGCGAGCGAUCGAGCAAGCGAGCAACGCGCGCCCCCUGCCCCGUUACAGCCACCGCCGCCGUAGCCGCGUGCGGGAGAUGAGCUCCGGUCCACCUGCUGACCACGAACACCACCAACACCACGACGACUAUGACCGCGCCUCGGAACCGCCGUAUGAUCGGCAAAGCGCACACGCCGACACCGGGAGUCACGACGACGCGUUCGAGGUCGAACAGAAAGCAAAAGUCGGCCCGGAAAAGAAAGUGAAAGCUGCACAGCUCUCGUGCACUCGACCGCAAAUCUACCCGUGGAUGACCAAACUGCACGCGACCCACGAAUCGGAUGGGAAACGAGCGAGGACGAGUUAUACCCGAUACCAAACACUGGAGCUGGAGAAAGAAUUUCACUACAACCGUUAUUUAUCCAGACGAAGGAGAAUCGAGAUCGCACACACUCUGUGUCUGAAUGAGAGGCAGAUCAAAAUCUGGUUUCAGAACCGCAGAAUGAAAUGGAAGAAAGACACAAAGACAUAAAAUUAUACUUCAAUUUCAACCUAAAACAGAUUCAGAACAUACAUUUUAUCUUUAUAAUGAUAAACGCUCAGAGAAGAAAAUCCCACCUGUACACCUUCAUGUUGCAGGGAUGGUGCAGAUGCUUUUUAUGUAGAAACAUGGAUAUCUAGGAGAUCGAAUUGGGAUUUAUGUUUAUAAAAACCAUAUAAAACAAUAUAUAGGUGCCACUUCAGAGACAAGCAAAUGCACAGGCCAGUACACAAUUCUUCUAAGUGUGUAUGCAUUUUAUUUACUCUCGAGUUUUGCGUUAUGAACACGCAGAUCGCCAUGUUUAACUUUUACUGAACUUUGGAGAUGAACCUAAAGUGCACGUGCACCUCUCCUUCCAAUUAGUUCAUAAUAGGAAACGUUUACGUUACAAGCCUUGUGGUAAUGUUACGCUGACCAACAUGGCCACCUUGUGAUGAAUCCUCCAUCAAACUAAUAAAUAAAUAAAGCUGAGAUGGUCUGGAGAGCGUGAUGAUGUCCACAAUCUGGACGAUAACAAACAGAAGCCUACUGAUGAUAAUAACGCAUUAGUGUCAUUUUUACAGCAAGAAUGAGUCACUUGUGCUGGAGCACUUAGAUAUAAGCCUAAUACUGAGAUAUAUAUUAAUAUAUACGUACAAAGAUGUAUUUUUGUCUAAUUUAUGAAAUUAUAACGCUUCAUAACUUCUACUAUGAGACAUGUCUGUGAGUCACCAUGUCACCGAGGUCAGUGCACAUUACAUCCAUUUAAAUUUGCUUAAAAAUCUCUGCUUACUUUAUCCAUCUUCUUUAUUCUUUAAGAUUUACAGUGUUUUUUGUACGUCACUAAUAGAGCAGAUGGUGUUUACUGGAAAUAUGAGGAAAUAGAGUUGUGCAAAUAAUGCAUUCAACAACAUACAUGCCAAUCCUGUACUAAAUAAAAUAUUUCAAAAUGCCA